AUGUCGAAUUCUGGGUCAGAAUCCGAGUUCUCCGACGAAGAACAAGGAGCUCAAACGUUUUCUAUCCAGCCGUAUCAGUUUGAACCGCGGUAAACACUGAUGUGAGGGAUAUCAACGCUGAAAGUCUUUCAGGCGACGAGUCCAUGGAAGGCAGCGAAGAAUUGAAUCCAAGACUGGAAAAUUCCGACUGGUAUGUGCUGUGCUGUUUGCUUCACUGUAAUUCUUUUACCGAUGUGCGAAAUAAACUGUUGUUUGGCCCAGAUGUCGUGUUCGUAAUUGUUUCUUUUUUGUUUUUUUUCGUUUUGAGAGUCUUGAGUACGUAAACAUUUCAUUAUCGAGCGGCCGACAAAUUGCUUAGUGUUCCUAGUUUUCAAUAUGUCUUGCAAAUUAGGUGCUGUGAACGUGAAAGCUGUUAAAAACCUAGCAUAAAUUCCCUCCUUCCCCCGCAGCUGGACUUUUCAAGUAGAAGGGAAGGAUUUUGAACAAUUUUCUUGGCGCUUCGCUGUCUUUUAUAUAUGUUAACACUGAGCAGGGGUGCAAACAAAAAGAAUUGUAUUUUUGUAAAUGUCGAUCUUCACUGCAUAUAGGUUCUUUAAGUCAACAGGCGGCCGUUGGUCCCGCCUAACCUAUUUCAGGAGAGAAUUUUAUUUACAUGUUUAACUAUCUAAAUUUGCCAGUGUCCUCACUUUCUUUACUAGCUUGUAUAAACAGUUUUCUUCAACUCAAACAAAAUUAAUCUGCUUCAACAUAUUUUAUCUACAUAUCACAAAAAAAAGUUAGUAACAUCUAAAUCUUAUGAAACCUUACAUUGUUUUCUUAAAUCAGCUCUCAAUUGCUGGUGUUUAUCCAGCUUCUUAACCUGUACCUCAUGUUAUAUGUAGAACAAUUCAGUUUUUGUUUCCCAUCUAUGAUUUAGGUGCUCAUGUGAUAAUUGCCAGAUUAUGGGGAGAGCGGAGGCAUGCAUAUGCUGCCAAGAAAUAGAGCAGGUUAAAAAUAAGCUUAAUGAAGCAGUUACUCGUGGUGAAUGUGAGGAAGAGCCAACAUGCAUCACGCAGCAUCCAGGGUUCCAUCCAGUGUGUAUAAAUAGAUGGGUCCUGCAGACUGCACGGUAUCAAUAUAAGCAACAAUACAAAGAAUCUAUUGAUGGUCCUGAAGGCAAACUCUACAGGCACAUAGCAUACAGACAAUUGGCCCGAUGGUACUGGGGAAUCCUGGGCAAGGAAAUUAGGGUUGUGCUUCCUUCAUGUGCUGUAAUGUGUAUUAGGAACUUCUAUCCUCCACCUGGGCCUGAGGAGGAGUUUGUCUUUACAGGGUUUAAAUAUGCAGACGAGUGA